AUGAAUCUUAUUGUGAAACUUCGUAGAAGUUUCAGAACACUGGUAAUUCUCUUAACCACCUUCUGUUUAGUAAGCAUAGUCAUUUCCGCCUAUUACUUAUAUACAGGCUACAAGCAGGAGAUGACCCUAAUUGAAACCACUGGAGAAGCAGAAUAUGAGGGCCUUAAACUUUUACCAUACAGGUCCAUGGAGCUGAAGACUGCUAAGCCGAUGGAUCCAUCUAAUACUGACCCUAUCGUCUUGCUAUUUGUGGAGAGCCAGUACUCCCAGCUUGGACAAGAUAUCAUAGCCAUCCUCGAGUCUAGUCGAUUCCAGUACCAUAUGGUGAUUGCACCUGGAAAAGGUGACAUUCCUCCUCUUACAGAUAGUGGCAAAGGGAAAUAUAUGCUUGUUAUAUACGAGAAUAUUUUAAAGUAUGUGUCCAUGGACUCAUGGAAUAGAGAGCUUCUGGAAAAAUAUUGUGUGGAAUACAGUGUUAGCAUAAUUGGUUUUCAUAAAGCCAAUGAGAACAGCUCACCAAGUAUUAAAUUAAAAGGAUUUCCACUAGACCUUUACAAUAAUGUUGCCCUCAAAGAUUGCUUUGUAAACUCUCAAUCUCCUCUACUGCACAUUACCAAAGCACCAAGGAUUGAGAAAGGCCCACUACCUGGGGAAGACUGGACGGUUUUCCUAUUUAAUCACUCCACCUACCAACCUGUGCUUUUAACUGAAUUACAGACUUCCAGAUCCUUCCCUGCAUCAUUGCCUAAGGCCCCACUGUAUGCUACAGUGAUCCAGGACUUGGGGCUUCAUGAUGGGAUUCAGAGAGUCCUUUUUGGAAACAACUUGACCUUUUGGCUACACAAGUUGAUCUUUAUAGAUGCUGUCUCUUUCCUGACGGGGAAGAAGCUUGCAUUGUCCUUGGAUAGGUACAUUCUUGUCGAUAUAGAUGACAUCUUUGUUGGAAAGGAGGGAACAAGAAUGAACGUCCAGGAUGUGAAGGCAUUACUAGAGACUCAAAAUUUACUGCGCACUCAGGUUGCAAAUUUUACCUUCAACCUUGGAUUUUCAGGAAAGUUUUACCACACAGGAACUGAAGAGGAGGAUGAAGGUGAUGACCUGUUGUUGGGGUCUGUGGAUGAGUUCUGGUGGUUUCCCCAUAUGUGGAGUCACAUGCAGCCUCAUCUGUUCCAUAAUGAGUCAUCACUGGUGGAGCAGAUGAUUCUCAACAAGGACUUUGCACUAGAACAUGGUAUUCCGACUGACAUGGGCUAUGCAGUGGCUCCGCACCACUCUGGGGUCUACCCUGUACAUGUUCAGCUUUAUGAGGCCUGGAAGAAGGUCUGGGGUAUCAAAGUCACAAGCACAGAAGAGUAUCCACAUCUAAAACCUGCACGGUACAGACGGGGCUUCAUCCACAAUGGCAUCAUGGUACUUCCUCGACAGACCUGUGGCCUUUUCACCCACACAAUUUUCUACAAGGAGUAUCCUGGGGGCCCUCAAGAAUUGGACAAAAGCAUCCGAGGAGGUGAACUCUUCCUCACCAUCCUCCUGAAUCCCAUCAGCAUCUUCAUGACCCAUUUGUCCAACUACGGGAAUGACCGCCUGGGGUUAUACACCUUUUUGAAUCUGGCCAACUUUGUUAAGAGCUGGACUAACCUAAAACUACAGACCCUGCCUCCAGUUCAGCUGGCUCACAAGUACUUUGAACUCUUCCCUGAGCAAAAGGCCCCUCUCUGGCAGAAUCCAUGUGAUGAUAAACGGCAUAGGGAUAUCUGGUCCAGAGAUAAAACUUGUUACCAUCUUCCAAAAUUUCUUGUGAUUGGACCUCAGAAAACAGGAACAACAGCACUUUAUUUAUUUCUCCUUAUGCAUCCUUCUAUCAUCAGUAAUCUCCCUAGUCCAAAAACUUUUGAAGAAGUUCAGUUCUUCAACGGAAACAACUAUCACAAGGGAAUUGACUGGUACAUGGAUUUCUUCCCUACCCCUUUGAAUGUCACCACUGAUUUUCUGUUUGAGAAAAGUGCCAACUACUUCCAUUCAGGGGAGGCUCCCAGACGAGCAGCUUCCCUGGUCCCCAAGGCCAAGAUCAUCACCAUUCUCAUUGACCCAUCAGAUCGGGCAUACUCCUGGUAUCAGCACCAGCGAUCUCAUGAGGACCCUGCUGCUCUGAAGUUCAAUUUCUAUGAAGUGAUUACAUCAGACCAUUGGGCUCCCUCAGAGUUAAGGACUCUCCAGAAGAGAUGUCUGAUCCCUGGGUGGUACGCUACCCAUAUAGAAAGAUGGCUAACUCAUUUUCCCACUUCCCAGUUGCUAAUUAUUGAUGGACAGCAGCUAAGAAGUGACCCAGCUACAGUGAUGGAUGAAGUGCAGAAGUUUCUGGGAGUCUCACCUCAUUAUAAUUACUCUGAAGCUCUAACGUUUGACCCUCAGAAAGGCUUUUGGUGUCAGCUGCUGGAAGGAGGGAAGACAAAAUGCCUGGGAAAAAGCAAAGGCCGAAAAUACCCACCAAUGGAUCAGGAGUCUAGAGCUUUUCUUUCAAGCUACUACAGAGAUCACAAUGUGGAACUGUCCAAACUACUGCACAGAUUGGGACAACCCCUGCCAUACUGGCUGAGACAGGAGCUUCAGAAAAGUAUCCUUUUAAUGCGACUGAUAAAGUGUGGACCUAUCUACAGAUUGGAUCCCCCAUCACUAUCAUAUCUGGAAAAGCUAGCAGAAAAUAAGGAUUUGCAAACAACAGAGAUUCUUAAGUGUUCAGUGUUCCAGUGACUGGAUACUUUUU